AUGUCGCAACUACCGCGGCGAGGCAGUGAUGAGAGCUCUUCUGGUUUUGCGAAGAAUUCACCCUACUCUUCUUCUCCAAUGAACGGUCUCAUUCCCCGGGACUAUCUAGGUCGAACUGACCAACGCCCUGCGCCUACUCCUGGUCGCCAUAUUACACCCUCGCCAUUGCAUACAAGCUCCCUACCCCAGUCGUACAUUGGCGGUUCGACAUCAUCGAGUCCUCUGUCCCCGAGAACCAACAACAUCCCUUCUCCUUCCAAGAACUCGUCGCCGAUCGCCCGCGUGGCAAAUGAUACAUUUCCCAUGCCUCCCUCCACCAGUCAUAGCUUGUCGGAAUCACCAGAAAUCGCAGACGCAGAAUCAUCCGAUAACAACAGGGUACCCGAAGACACAAUAUCAAGACCACCCCGGGCGAUAGAGCCCGAUCGAUCUGCCUCCUCCUCUGUCAGCUCCAUACACUCCAUGCAUGGAGAUCGCCCACCCCAUCGUGCCAUGCCUCGUACCUCAUCUAUCGACUCUGCUAUCUCAUCCCUGUCCUCCACCUCACAAAGAUCAGCUUUCGAUAUCAACUCCCUGAGUUCAACCGACAUCAAUAAUCUUAUCAACGCUGCUGGAUCUGCCGAGGCUGUGAUCGUUCACCUUCUGAAGGAGAAACAUCAGGCGGCCUCUCAAAACUCGCAAUUAUGGAAACUAGUUGAUAAACAAAGGACCCUGAUUCUCGGGCUUAACAAGGAUCUUGAGCGCGCCAUGCAAGAGAAGGAUGCAUGUAAGAAGAAGCUGAAAAGUAUGCAAGAGGCUACUCCGUUGGCGACUCCUGGGACUGCCACCGUAUCCAGCAGUGACAUAGAAGAGAAGUCGCACAAAUCCGGUCAAGCCUCUAUUCUACCUCACUCGGAUGCCUCAAAGAGAGGCGUCGACAGCGCCGCAAGCCCGACUUCUGUCACUGACAUCCCAUCCCCCACUGGAAGCGGCAAGAGCAGAUUUCCACACCCAAGCCGCAAGCCCCCGCCUGCGCCUCUAAAUUUAGGCCAAGCCGAUACAAAACAACAAGUGCCUGCAGCCUCUGACUCCGAUUCUGAUUACGGGGAUGGCCAGGAAUUGAGCGGAAAGCCUAGCGUGGACCGCGGCAGGAGAAAGACGAGAGAGGAAGACGAUGAGGACCGCAAAGCUGCCUUGCAGAAGGAUUUGUUUGGUUCUGCGGAAGCAAGUAAUACAGCUAACCUCCAAGGCCCUCGAGAUGCAGCGGUGUCUUCUAGUCCUAAACCGACUUCCCGGAAACUUUCUUCAAGAUCACCACCGAACGUCGGUGGCUCUGCUUCAUUGGGAUCAAUGUUGAGCUCCCGGCCUCCCCCCACCUCGUCCUUCAAUGGGCGUUCUAUUGCUGCCAUGCCUAUGAGUCCUGGUCUGCCCAUGAGCCCACGACCAGAAGAUCGACCCAUCGGUUCUCCUUUGCCUCGCAUGCCACGAGAUAUAGCCCCUACGAUGGCAGCCGGAAAUCAGGCCUCUGGGUUGCCCUUAUCUCCGAGAAUGGGGAGCCACCCUAUGAACUUCGCUCUUCCCCCUUCAAAUGGAAGGCCGCCUGGUCUUAUUCCAUCAAUUGAUCCCACUGUCGUGAUUGACAGCCCGAAAUUUGCACAGUUUCCCAACAAUAGAAUUUACCAAGGACUGGUAUCAGAUGAAUACCCAGGCCUGCUUCUACCUCCAAAUGCUCUUCCUCUGGUUGAAGUCAGAGUAUCUUCUUCGCGGCUCCGACCUUCUCGAAACAGCUAUAUGGUGUCCAAGCCCUUGGACGAGGAGCCGGUCUUUACUCUCAGCGUGAUCUCUCGAUCCGAGAUGUCAGAGCUAUGGAGAAUCGAAAAAGUGAUUGGGUCUCUGCCUCAGUUGGACCAGAAGAUAAGACAAACUUCUUCCUUCGCUGGAAGACUGCCUGAUAGGAACAUCUUCAAUGGACACUCGCCUGCUAAGGUUGAUUUGAGGCGGUCCGCAUUGAAUGCAUACUUUGACAGUCUUCUGGAUUCACCUAUGGACGAGCAUGCCGCCUUGGCUAUCUGUCAGUUCUUGACUAAUGAUGCUAUUGAGCCGCGCGAUGACGAGACCAAUCUAUUGAAGGGCCUCGCCCAGGCAAAAUCUGAAUUUCCUCGCGGAUCGGACGGCAAGCCCCAGAAGGAAGGUUACUUGACCAAGCGAGGCAAGAAUUUUGGUGGUUGGAAAGCAAGAUACUUUGUCCUCGAUGGACCCGAAUUGAGAUACUUUGAAUCUCCCGGUGGUCAGCACAUGGGUACCAUCAAGCUUCAUCAUGCCCAGAUUGGCAAACAAUCCCCAAAAUCAGCCGAACAAUCUGCUUCGCCCACCGGGGGCGAGGAAGACGCCGACAAUCAGUAUCGCCAUGCAUUUUUGAUUCUGGAACCAAAGAAGAAGGAUUCGUCGGCACUCGUUCGUCAUGUUCUCUGUGCCGAGAGUGACGAUGAGCGUGAUACUUGGGUCGAUGCUUUGAUGGAAUACGUCGAGAGUGCUUCUUCCGAGACCGAAGGGCAAGAAAGCGUAUCCUCCAAGGGCCAAUCUCAGCCUCAAGAAUCUCAGUCAAAGCAGAACCCAACCGAGACCAAGUCUAAAUCGGUCAAUGGAAGCAAGAAGUCUGGCAGGGGAGUCGAUAGCCCCGACCAAGGCAUGGGAAGCCCUGUGCAAGGAUUUAGCUUUGAUGACGCAGUGCAAGCAGAUCCCCCGACGAUUGGAUCCACUCUUGAACAGGCACCUCGAUCCCCAAGGAUGCCAGGGGCUCUGUCUACGGACUUCAGAGAACUGAGCAUGUCUUCUCCCGGUCAACCAAUGCAGUCUCCAAGGCUGAUUUCCCGACCAACCAACGGCUCGGUGAUUCAGGAUGUGGAAGCAUGGGGUAACAAGGCCAAGACGUCGACAAAAGAGAAAAAACGCAGUAUCUGGGGAUUCCGCACCAGAUCCUCUCUCGAACUUGACUCCCAGGCUCAGGCUAGUAGCGACACGCUAGUAGCAACAAACAAUGUCGAAAGAACAGGUCCUGUCAGACCUGUUUUCGGCAUACCCCUGGCGGAGGCUGUGCGAGACUGCGCGCCGCCAGGCCUUGAUGUGGAGCUACCGGCAGUGGUCUACCGCUGUAUUGAAUACCUCCAUGCCAAGGAAGCAGCAUUGGAGGAGGGAAUUUUCCGCUUGAGCGGCUCGAACGUUGUGAUCAAAGCUUUGAAGGAGCGUUUCAACACUGAAGGUGAUGUUGAUUUUGUCUCCGGAGACCAGUAUUAUGACAUUCAUGCUGUGGCCUCUCUCUUCAAGCAAUAUCUUCGAGAGCUUCCCACGACUGUGUUGACCCGGGAAUUGCAUUUGGAUUUCCUUCGCGUUCUUGAGGUCGACGAUCGAGAGAAGAAGGUUGUUGCUUUCAAUUCUCUUGUGCAUAGAUUGCCGCGGCCCAACCUGGCAUUACUCAGGGCUCUCUCGCAAUUUUUGAUCGAGAUUGUUAACAACUCCGACGUGAACAAGAUGACAGUCAGGAACGUGGGCAUUGUCUUUGCUCCAACUCUCAAUAUUCCUGCCCCGGUCUUCUCUAUGUUCCUCACGGACUAUGACAGCAUUUUCGGCGAUACCGAUAAGAACUUUGCCGAUUCAACGAAAGAGCUGAUAGUCGACAACUCUUUGUCGCCCGAUGACAUUCGUUCCCCGCGCCAUCAAAUGUUCUCUGAUAUUCCUACGCCUUCAUACCAACAGACUUCGUUCCGGACCCCUGGUGAUGUGAAUGCUCCUUCUGAUGGCCCAAGGACACCUUACAACACCGGGUUCAUCCCGAUGCAUCCUAGCUAUGACCAACAGACGUCUAGACAGGAGCAGUACAAUCAACCUCCAGGUGCCUCUGCUCCAUAUUCUUCUUUGAAUGGCAUGCUGUUGCCUAACAAUUCAGAAGAUACUCGCUCCGCUAAAACGAAGCGACGAGAAAGCUCAAUGCUCUUUAUGGAUGGUAAGUUUUAA